AUGUGGCAACACAAACUGCUAUAGUCGAAACAGGAAAUACUCUGGAUACACUAUCUCGUAGUUUGAAUAAGCAUGUAUUUGCUUUUCCAAGUGGUGAAUGUGCUUCACUUGGUGUUUCUGGCAUUAUUUUGGGUGGUAUAAGUACUGGUUAUGGAUAUUUAACGCAAAAAUUUGGAAUGUCAUCUGAUAAUAUUCUUGAUACUCAAAUUGUCUUAGCAAAUGGAACAAUAGUUAAUCAUGCUAAAGAAUAUCCUGAUCUUUUUUGGGCUCUUCGGGAUGCUGGAAAUGCAGGCUAUAGCUCUUUAAAUGAAGCAAAACCUCACAUACAAGAACUUAUUGAAUUGACUAAACCUAAAAAUGAAUCAUAUGUUGAAUGGGAUUGGUAUCAUGCAAAUAUUGUAGAUACGGCUUGGAAGAAUUUUAAUCAUUAUAAAGCUACGUCUUUCUAUAUUGACACGCCAGGACUAUUUUAUAAAGGUGUUGAAUAUUUAAUAAAAUUUAUAAGAAAUUUGAAAUAUCAAAUUUUUGUAAGAACAGCGUUAUUUGGUGGUGGAAAAGUCAACGAAAUUGAACGAAAUGAAACGGCAUUUGUUCACAGAAAUUUUAUGUAUUUUUUGGGAAUUGGAGUAACCUUAGAUAAGGAUAACUAUGAAAUCUGUAUAGAAGAUUUAAAAAGUUUUUCUCGAGUCUUUCAAAAACAUUAUACUAGUUUUGAAA